CACCCCGCUGCCCUGCAGCGUGAACUCUAGUGAGUAACGGGGCUGUCUGUGGCUCUGACACCCAUCUGCAACCACUUACGCUCAUUAAAGAGGAGCGUUCCUCUCUCGGCCCCCUGCCUCACAAGGCAGGCUGAGGACCCAGCCCCCCGCCGCCACGCCAAGAUGAUCAUGCCUCCUUCCUCGAAACUCUGAGACAAUAAGCCAUUCUGCUUCUGAAGCUCAACGAAAAUGCCACUUAAAGGGGUGGAACCGAAGCCUGGGGACCUGAUUGAGAUUUCCCGCUUCGGAUACCGGCACUGGGCCCUCUACGUGGGCUACGGAUAUGUCAUCCACUUAGCUCCCCCCAGUGAGUUCACCAAAACUGGAUUCUCCAGCCUGAUGUCCGUGGUGGCUGAUAAAGCCGUGGUGAGAAAGGAACCCCUCUGGGCAGUGGUGAAAGGCGAUGACUACCGGGUCAACAACAAGCACGAUGGGAAGCUGCCCCGUCGGAGUGUGGACCAGAUUAUCCAGGAAGCAGAGUCUCUGGUGGGGAAGACGAUGCCAUACAGUGUCACCAGUGAGAAUUGCGAGCACUUCGUCACCAAGCUGCGCUACGGUGUGGCUAGGAGUGACCAGGUCCGAGAUGCCAUGGUUGCAGGGGCGGUGGGGAUCGUGGGCGUAGGAGCCCUUGUGGCAGUUGCUACAUUCAUUGGCGCAUUGCUCUCUGACAACAAGCAGGAGGAUGAAUAAUGCAAACGUUGGCCUGGGUCAAAGACCCGAGCAAGAUCCAUGGGAGAUGAUCUCUACUGGAGCUGGCUUAGCUUCUCACCUGCUUUCUCCUUUGGGAUCACUGCCCUUGGGAGUUUGUUCUAAUGGUUAAUCACUUGCAC